AUGAGAUAUCCCUUACCGUAUACUGGGCUGACUUAUAAUGUUCUAUCAAGUUUGCAUUUAGAUCUGGACCACGAAGCGCCGAGUUCUGCAGCGUUUACCGUCGAAUGGACACGAUUAACAUGGUCCUUGUUGGCCGUCAUUUCCAGGCUCAGCUCGCGGUUCAUCGAUCCGCGACAUGUUGAUCAAGAUGAACAACAACUCACCAAACGCCUCAACAUCAAACUCUUCGAUCUCAUCAACAAGGCACGACCCGUCCGUCCGCCUCCCGGUAUGCUGGAGAACGAUUUCCGAUGGGUACAGUUUUAUAAUUUACUGGUUCCUACGUUGACUACGCUACACGAUCUGUACUCUCAACUCGAUACAUCCGUGCAGUCGUUGGAUACGGCUAUCGCAACAUUCACUGAAGCUCAGCUUCGGCCGUGCGUGGAGUCUUUCCGUGAGCUUUGUAGAUCACAUGCGACAACGAUUUUCCCGUCGUUGAGAGCUGCUCAACUGGAUCGAAUGGCGAAUUUCCGGGAAAUCCCUGAAGAAAAACUGAGGCUCGCCACUCUAUACUACACAUCAAUGCUGUAUACACUAGGGAUUCUCGCCUCAAGACUGCAG